CUCCAGAUUCGACGAAAUUCUCUCAAUGUUAACUUCAAUUAUAAAAGAAGUGUGGGAUCUGAAUAAAUUGAACAAAAUUCGUCUUUUCUAUUCAGUAGUGUCGAGACAUUGUAAAGGUUAGGUAUAAUGCCAGACAAACACAGUUCAAUGAAAAACCGCGAAACAUGGCUAGGACGAAGGACUACGAUGGAAAAAAUUCUUACGGCAAUCUUGAUUUUAGCUUUAUUAGGAUUUAUUAUUGUUGCAGUUGUCUCAUAUGGAAAGUUUUCAUCUAAUUCUAAGGUCUCAAAUAUAUGCCAAACUGAAGGAUGCGUUACUACAGCAGCGAACAUUUUGCGAAAUAUGAAUCCAAAAGUGGACCCUUGCGAAGAUUUCUAUGAGUUCGCUUGUGGUAGAUAUAUCGAAAAUAAUUUUAUUCCUGAGGAUGAAGUGGAGAUAGUCAGCUUUUCUGAAGUAGGUGAUCGAAUCGAUGAGAACUAUAGAAACUUAUUAGAAAAGCCUAUUGAUGAAAAUGAGAUUGUCCCUUUUCAAUACACGAAGAAACUGUACCGAAUGUGUAUGAACUACUCAAAAACAGAACAAGAAGAUUUCAAACUAUUCAAAAGCAUGAUGAAGGAAUUAGGAGGUUGGCCAGUACUAGAGGGGAAUUACUGGAAUGAGAAAGCCUUCGACUGGAAAGCAACCCAAUACAAUUUCAGGAAAUUAGGAUUCAGUCACACUCAGCUCAUUAGCUCAUACGUGGGAGUAGACGCAAAGAAUUCUACGAAAAGAAUUUUCACUAUAGGACAGCCUUGCUCAGGUUUCGCUAAAUUGUUGAAAAAAGGGAUGAAUGAAACACUUGUGAGAGCUUAUUAUGAAUAUUUGGUAGAUAUUGCUAUUCUUUAUGGAGCUGAUAAGAAUCAAGCUGUUAAGGACAUGAAGCAGUACCUGGAGUUCCGCAUCGAACUAGCUAAGAUAAUGUCCCUGCCAGAAGAAAGGAGAAAUGCCAGUCUCGAGUACAAUAAAAUGACCAUAAGAGAACUCCAGGUCAACUAUCCAAGUAUUCCAUGGUUACAAUACAUCAACACAAAAUUGGAACCUUUCGUUACCUUGACAUAUGAUGAUUAUGUUGUUGUUACAGAGCCAGAAUACAUAGGAAAGCUUGAGAAGUUAUUGGCUGUAACGCCUAAGAGAGCUAUUGCCAACUACCUUUUCGUUUAUAUAGCAGAAUAUCGCCAUUUCAACGAUGAUAUGAGGAAAAGAGCGUUGGAGUUCGAAAAAAUUUCUUAUGGGGUUGAAGCGGAUGUGCCCCAGUGGAGAAAAUGUGUAUACGGCAACAGUUUACAUCUUGCUCAGUCAGCUAUGUACGUGCGACAUUUCAUGAAAGGCAAAUCGAAAAAUUCUGUUCAUGAACUGUUAAAAGAUAUCAAAUCAACAUUCAUGGAAAAUUUGAAGAAAAACACAUGGAUGGAUCACAAGACAAAGAAGAGAGCGAUACAAAAAGCUGAAGCAAUGAGGUCGUACGUUGGGUAUCCGGAUGAACUGUUAGACGAUGAAGAAAUCGAAAAAUAUUACGAAGGGUUAGUGAUCGACGAAGACAGCUUGCUGAAAACUUCUCUUGCGAAGUCAAUUUGGUACAGGAAUAAAUAUCUCAGAAAAUAUUAUGAACCAUAUGAAAAGAAUGAUUGGAAAGACAAAGCUUUUCCAACAAUGGUGAACGCCUUUUAUGAACAAACUGACAACAGUAUUGUUAUACCUUCAGGAAUAUUACACCAACCGUUUUUCGACUAUGAUAGACCUCAAUAUUUGAAUUAUGGAUCGAUUGGUUUCGUCAUCGGUCACGAAAUCAUCCAUGGCUUUGAUGAUCAAGGAAGGCAAUACGACAAAUUCGGAAAUCUGGUAGAUUGGUGGGAACCAUCUUCAAACAAGAGUUUCCAGGAGAAAGCCGACUGUAUGAUUCAACAGUACGCCAAUUACACGAACGAAAAAAUAAAUAUGUCUCUCAACGGUAUCAAUACUCAGGGGGAGAAUAUAGCCGACAACGGUGGAAUAAAAAUUGCAUAUGCGGCUUAUCAAAAAUGGUUAACGCGUAACAAACCUGAACUUCAGUUACCCGGAUUGAAAUAUACACCUCAGCAGCUAUUUUGGAUCUCUGCAGCAAAUGUUUGGUGCUCUAAAACAAGACCUGAGUUCGAAAAACUGAUGAUAAUGAAUGAUUAUCACUCCCCCAACUACUAUAGGAUCAUUAUACCUUUCUCGAACUCUGGAAACUUCGCGAGAGAUUUCAGUUGCCCACUUGGUAGUAGGAUGAAUCCAAAGUAUAAAUGUCGCCUAUGGUGAUAAAAAAUAUAUUAAACAGAAAAUAACAUGUAACAUUUUUUGAAUAAAUUUCUCUUUCAAUUC